AUGGCCAAUUCAGUUGAGUUGGAAAAAGAUGCUGAGUUGUUCAAGAAACUUGCAGUAGAACAAGAGUCUGAAGGGCACUACGGAUCAGCUGCUUUCUUUUACACAGAAGCUGCUCAAGCUUUGUUGAAUUCCCUUGAGGCCGGUUCUACUACUGAAGGCUUACUAGAGUUAGCUCAACAGUACAGCGAUAAAGUUAAAGAGCUGAAGUCAAAAAUUGCUAUGGAAAAUGUUCCAGCAAUAGAUACUAACAUCAAGAAAAGCAAAGCUGACUUAGCGAGAGCGCGUUGUUUACUGAAUGAUGCCGUAUCUGAAGAUGAGAAAGGGAACAUUUCUGAAGCAAUCGAACUUUAUACGUUGGCUGUAGAAUUACUUUUAUCCCUGAAAAAAGACGUCGGUGAUGGUUAUAUGCUCCAGCAAAUUCAGAAGUUUGCCAAAGAGGGUUUAGAUCGUGCUGAGAUUUUGAAAUUACGUGUAAACGAAGCACAAACUUUACAUUUCGAUACUGGAUCUACGUACAGUAAUUCUGCUUCGCAGAAAAUGGCUGCGCCCAGAAGACCACCUGCUUUUCCCAGGACAGGCCCAGGUGGCUUUUCUCUGGAGGAAUUAAAGGUUUUAAAAGCAACAUCUAUAAUUAAUGGUCGUGAGUACCUACCGUUUUUGGAUUCAAUUGAUCUACGUGAACGAUUUUCAUUCGCAACUCCUUUUGUUGAUAAAGAUGGCCUUCUAGCGUUAUCUAGCAAGCAGACAUCUUUAUUAAGCCGUUGGGUUCGUCCUUCUGAAUAUAUUGAUCAACCAAAGAUGAUUUUGGCUAUAUCAUGUUUUUCAAUAUGUCAAACAGUCGUUACUGAUUGUUCAUUUGUUGCCUCGAUAGCUAUUGCUGCUCAAUAUGAAAGACGUUUUAAAAAAAAACUGAUCACAAAUGUUAUUUAUCCUCAAGGCAAAAAUGGCGAAGCUGUUUACAAUCCAUGUGGGAAAUACAUGAUACGCCUAAAUUUCAAUGGUGUUCCUCGUAAAGUCAUUGUAGACGAUUUAUUACCAAUGGGAAAAGAUGGAAAACUCUUAUGCUGUUUUUCUAAUAAUCAUAAUGAAUUAUGGGUAUCCUUAUUAGAGAAGGCGUACAUGAAAGUGAUGGGAGGAUAUGAUUUUCCUGGAUCGAAUUCGAAUAUUGAUUUACAUGCUUUAACUGGUUGGAUUCCAGAACGUAUAUCCAUCCGAUCUAGUUCAUCUGUUUUUGAUAAAGACAAAGAAUUUCGUCGUCUUUUAAGUCGAUUUCACCAAGGUCAUUGUUUAGUUACUAUAGCGACUGGACAAUUAUCUGAUGAAGACAGUGAACGUUCUGGAUUAGUUCCAACUCAUGCAUAUGCUAUGCUGGAUAUACGAGUAGUAGAUGGUUAUCGUUUAUUCUUAUUAAAAAAUCCCUGGAGUCAUAUGCGUUGGAAAGGCAAUUUCUCAGAACGUGAUUCUCAACACUGGACUGAAAGUAUGCAGGCUAAAUUGAAUUUUGAUAGAUCAUCUGCUCAAUUAAUUGAUAAUGGUGUCUUCUGGAUAGAUUAUGAUUCAUUAUGCCAUUUUUUUGAUGUCUUUUAUAUCAAUUGGGAUCCUGAGCUAUUUCAGUAUACUACAUGUGUUAAUGAUUGUUGGUUGGCUGGAUCUGGCCCGAAGAAAGAUUCCUAUGCAAGUGCUGAGAAUCCACAAUACACCCUUGAAGUUACCGCUAAAGUUGAAUCGCCUAUUUGGAUCCUCUUAACAAGGCAUAUUGUAGAUAAGGCAGAUUUUGCAGAGAAUAAAGAAUUUAUUGCAGUUGUUGUGUAUAAAGAUGUUAAAUCCCGUAAAGUCUACUAUCCUUAUGAUCCUGAACCACAUCGUGAUUCUGUACGUAUCAAUAGUCCGCAUUGUUUAGUCAAAAUGCUGCAAGAUCCUGGCACUUGUAAUUACGUUUUGCUGAUUUCACAAUAUGAAAAGUCGAAUACAAUUUUUUAUACACUUCGUGUUUAUUCGACUGCUCCGUUUAAACUAUCGAAAAUUAUAGAUCCUUAUACAAUAUCGAAACAAAUUACAGGUGAAUGGAACAUUUUAAACGCUGGUGGUUGCAUUAAUGAUAAAGAAAAGUAUAAAAUUAAUCCACGAUUUAAACUUGAAUUGCUAAACAAUGACUUUGAUAAUCAAAUACUCAUUGAAUUACGUGGACCCAGAGAUUAUGCCUUGGGUAUUGAACUGAUUCGUAUAUCUGCUACAAAUGAUCAGGCACCUAACCAUCAGGAACGACUGACUACUGGAGAUUACAGAAGGGGGUAUGUCGUUCUGGAGCAAGCUGGUUUAUCUGGAGGUGUUUACAAUAUAGUUGUAUCCACUUACCGACCUGGUCAAGAAGGACCAUUUAUUUUAUCUGUCAAAUCUAUGCGUGACUUCACGAUAACCGCUGUAUGA